AGCACAGACUCAUAGCAAGCACCGCAAAAGACGACUAAAAGACGAGUACAACUUCACAUACCAAGACUCUCAGCGAGACAAGAGCAUCACGAAUGCGCAGCGUCCGAUGUCCGAGCUAGACGCGGUAUCUCCAAGAGAUCACUAUAUCACAUUUCGCGUGCUUCAUUAAAGUUCUCCGUCUUGCAAAUGCUGCUCCGCCCUCUUAUACCUCACUGCUCUUUCACGCUGCUCUUUCACGCUGCUCUUUCACGCUGCUCUAUAGGACGACGUCAGCGAACGAAACCACUAGAUUGGCCUCAUGUACCGAAUAUAUCGACAAGCUUUGAGAGUGUUCAUAUGUAUCAACCACCCGACGUCCGACUACCAAGUGGACAUCAACUGGCUCAGCCGGCCGGUUCUUCGCCGAUAGCAGACGCAGAAUAUCGGUCCUACUCGUUGGAUGGCACACCAGUGGAAGUGGUAGUGGACGACAAUCUACAGGACCUGGUCACAAUCGAUCAGGCUAUCAUGAAGUGGGGAGACGGCAUUUAUUUAAGACCACAAAUAGCGUUGGUUUCACAAGCGGCAUUUGUGUUCAAGGAGACCCAGUGUUUGCUAUUGAUGGCGUAAGGACCCCAUUUAUAUUGCGACGCGUUGGUGAGAACCGGUAGAAGAUCGUCAGCGACUGCUAUCUAUGGGCCGCUGCGUAUUUGCUUGGAACAAGGA